AUGAAUUCACGUUUAUUUUAUAUCCUUAUUAAAGAUAAAGCAAAAUCAUUGAAAUAUCUCAAGCAUUUACCGGAUAAAUUGAAAGGUCCCGAGCAAUUACCAGCAAAUGAAAUAUUCGAUCCUCUUUCGGAAAACAUCCAGAUCAAUAAUGAUUUAUUUGUAGGUAAUCUUACGAGAAAAGAACUGUUGGCAGCAAUACCUGAGAGUCCUAUUUUGGAGAAACUAAAUAAUGACAAUGAACUAUCGCUUGCAAUGUAUCUUAAUGAUGCUAUUCUAAAUGAGGCAUUCACGGAUUCAUUCGUCAACUAUCUUCUUACAGAAUUAAGAUUAAACAAACAUCCGUUUAAGUUGAGAUUGCAACCAGACUUCAGUUUUAGUGUAUCCGACAAAGAUGUAUCUGCCAAGGCCGAAUUUAGCAUAAAGGAAAAUUCGAUGAUUCUUAUAGAUAACAUACGUAGUUUGAGAAAAAAAACAGAAUAUGGAGAAUCACAGAUAUCUGCUGAAAUUCUCGCAUGUGCCUUCACCAAUUUUGACCAUGCUAUCAGUCCUACAACGGGAGAGAGUCAAACGGUCUAUGCAAUGAGAGUUAUUGGAACGAAUUUUACGUUUUACAAAGCAUUUCUGAGUAGGGACUAUUUAAAAUCCCUACACCAGGGUUUUCCUCCACAUAAUUUAUCUGUAACGAUAUCUCGUUUUCCACCAAAUGAUAGUCAGAAAACACGCUUUGGUCAUGACUAUGCUGAUAAGGAUCAUAGAUUUUUGAUUAUUGAUUUACUAUAUCGUUUAAAAGAAUGUUUGUUCAAAAUGUAA